AUGAUGAGAUUUGGUGUUGAAAUGGCUGAAGAACACCAACAUGUACCUGGAGGUUCCAUGAACAAUGAUGAUGAUGACAAAACGAUAAGAACGGGCACGUUUUGGACCACGAUUGCACAUAUUAUAACUGCGGUAAUUGGCUCUGGUGUACUGUCCCUGGCUUGGGGCACGGCUCAGCUUGGUUGGAUUGGAGGGCCCAUUGUGUUGAUCGUUUUUGGGUUUGUAACAUACGUGUCUUCAUAUCUUUUGUCAGAUUGCUAUAGGUCUCCUGAUCCUGUUACUGGAACUAGAAAUCGGUCUUUUACAGAUGCUGUCAGAGUCAUUCUUGGCGAAAAAUAUGCAUGGACAUCUGGUUUGCUUCAGUACUUUAGCUUUUUUGGAACCGCGAUUGCUUAUGUGGUGACAACUUCAUCUUGUGUGAAGGCAAUUUUAAGAACAAAUUGUAUCCAUAAGAAAGGAAGUGAUGCUGAUUGCCACAAUAGCGGCCAAAUUUAUAUGUUGCUGUUUGGAGUUGUGCAGAUUGUAAUGUCACAGAUACCAGAUUUCAAUAGCAUGGUUUUGGUGUCCGUUGUUGCAGCCAUAAUGUCGUUUUGCUACUCAUCUAUUGGUAUUGGGCUUGGUUUUGCUAAAGUCAUAGAAAAUGGUAAGAUUGCUGGGAGCAUUACAGGAAUUCCGGCUGCUAGUGUGGCCAAUAGGCUAUGGCUAACUUUUCAAGCACUUGGAGACAUAGCAUUUGCGUAUCCAUAUGCUUUAGUUCUUUUAGAAAUUCAGGAUACUAUAAAGUCACCACCAGCAGAGAACAAGGUUGCAAGAAAGGCUUCUGCAAUGGCGAUGAUUGUGACAACUUCUUUCUACCUUGGAUGUGGAUGCUUUGGAUAUGCAGCAUUUGGGAACGACACACCUGGAAACCUCUUGACAGGAUUCGGUUCUUAUGAGCCUAAUUGGAUUGUUAAAUUUGCUAAUGUGUGCAUUAUCAUACACCUAGUUGGAGGAUACCAACUAUUCAGUCAGCCAGUAUUUGCAUUUGUGGAAAGAUGGCUAACCAGCAAGUUCCCUGCCAGUCAGUUUCUGAAGAAAUUCUACAAAAUAAAGUUGCCAUUAGUGCCGGUUUUUCAUUUGAAUCUAUUCAGGCUAUGUUUCAGAUCAUCUUAUGUUGCAGUGACUACCGCAAUUGCAUCGGAGUUCCCAUACUUUAAUGAGAUUCUUGGUGUGUUGGGAGCAUUGAAUCUUUGGCCGUUGGCAAUAUAUUUUCCAGUGGAAAUGUAUAUAGUACAAAGAAAUGUGCAAGUUUGGGGCAAAAAAUGGGUGUUUCUUCAAAUAUUUAGUUGUAUUUUGAUGGUAGUAUCAUUUGUAGCUUUAGUUGGGUCAGUAGCUGGACUCAUUCAAGCAAAAAUGAAUUAGUCUCGUAGUGAAUGCGCAUUGUUUCUGCCUGAAAUGAACUUAACAAGAUAGAUCGCGGCAAUUUGGCAGGUUUGGAAGCUUCUCGAACGUUUGAUUUGAAGCUUUUGAAGUUGAAUCAUUCGAUUCCAUGAUGUUGUAUAGUGAAAACUAGUAGUCAAACCGAAUUUAAUA